AUGGCCGCAGAGGAACCCCAAGAUAGCGCGGGGCCUUCAUCUCCACCACCCCCGUUACCAGAAGGAUGGCUAGCACAAUGGGAAGGCGUGUCACGGAAAUGGUACUACGUCCAACGCGCAACGGGCAAGUCACAAUGGGACAUCCCCACAGAACCCGUGAUAUUAACGCCAUCUACCACACCUGGUUCAAUUGGUAAUGGUCCAACGCAAGCACCCAGAGUCGGAUCGCAGUCGUUGAGUCCACAGACUCUGGCGGCUGAGUCGCCGGAUUUGAGUGCUUCGAGGGGUCUGUUUAGUGGUAAUUCAACUACGAGACCUGGUUUGUCUGGUGUGCUUGGAUCUGGUGGGAAUUCAGCAAUAACGCAGAUAGCCGAUAGAGUAAUUGGUAGGAUUGCGAAGGAUUUCAUUCCUGGUAAACAUGGUAUUCAAUCGUCGCCGGGCGUCUCGAAUAAUUCUAGCUCGCAUGGGUCUUAUGGAUCGGGGCAUAAUACAUUGCAGAAUCAGGCUGGACAGAAUUCCUUCGGCUACGCAUCUACGGGUCAGUCUGGUACGUAUACGGGGAGUGCACCACAAUACUAUCCGCCAGGACAAACGGGCCCCCAGCCAAGCGAUAUCCCUCAACAUCCACCUGCAGGUUCCUCAGCAUAUCCAUCUCAAUAUCAUGCCGGGAAUCAGCCAGUCCAGCCUAAUCAGUUCUCCUCUGUGAAUCCGGGAUCACAGCAGCCGUGGCCGACUCAAACUUCAUUCUCUCAAAACCCUCAUCCCGCAUAUCAGCAGCCAGAAACAUAUGGGCAUGUCAAUAAUCUUUCCGGAAACAUUCCACCUCAACCAGAAUGGCAAGCUGGCGCACAUCCACCUGUACCUCAUUCUACGAAACCUGGGGGUCCUUUACCGCAACCUGGCUCCAAUAUUUCAUCUGCAAUAACUAAUAGCCACCCACCACCACCGAGUGGUAAUUAUCAACCUCCUUAUCAUCAACAAGCCCCUCAACAUACGACUCAACAAGGACCGGAUCCUUAUGGUCAUGGCCAGUACCAGUACCCCUAUCAACAGGCCCUGCACGGAAACCCAAGCAUAGGAGGACCUACGCAACCAGGUCAACAACAACAGCAACAAUACGCCAGCACUUACCAACAACACCCCCAGGUUCCAAGUUCCCAGCAUUCAUCACCAUAUCAUUCCAAUAGUGGACCGAUAUCAGCACCUCCACCUGGUAUUCCGAACUUCCAACAGCAAUCAAACCAGCUCCCACAUCCUAACAACCUGAUAUCACCACCGAACCAAUACCCGCCAAACAACAUCCCAAACAAUCCUCCCUCACAUACCCCCGCGUUUGCCGUAGAGCUACCAGACAAUCAAAUCAAUCCCAAGCAUCAAAUGAUGAAUAUGCAAAACCGUCCGCCUAAUCAACACCAAUACGGUCAGCAGCAACAGGUAUACCCACCACAACUCGAUAUGCCUCAGAAACCUCACCAGCCGCCGGCCCCCAAUUCUGCCAUGGGCUUGGAUAUAAGACCUAGUCCUACCCCCAUGCGACAUACGCCAACGGAUCCGUCAUUUGUGAGUGGACCGUGGACGUCGCCGCCUGCGACUAUAGGUCAUCAUUAUCCGCCGAAUAGGUAUAACAAUCCUGGUGGCUACUAG